CAGGUCCCCGCGCGGCUGGAGCCCGUGUCCGAGGCCGGGCUGAGCCCUGCGCGCCCCGCUUGGCCCGGCCCGGCCCCCCGUACGGCAUCUAGCCCGCGCACCACUCACCUCAGCCCUGCACAUCCCGCUCCUGAAGCUGGGAGCUGACCCACAGAGUCGGCCUGCUGAAACGGAGCUUCCCGCUCAUGUGCUUUGAUGGGCAAACUGGGUGUGAGCGACUGCAUAAUUUGGUUGCUUUGAGUGGCUUCGCACUGAGUACAGAUCGUGAGACUUUUUGGGUGUCUUGGCGGCUGUGCUAGCCAAUUCGGUCACCUGUCCACUUCCCCUCUUCCCCAAGUGCGUGAGUGCUAUUUCUGGUGAGAAACGGGGUUUGGUGUGAUCUAAUACAAGCUCAUGUGGGCAGCCCGUUCUCAGGAGUCGAUUCUUUGGAGUUGAUGCUGUAGUUUUCUGGCAGUUUACUGCCGGGUGGAGCCUCUUCCUCGUCAUCAGACCCGCAUGCCAAAAAGGCUGUUCGGGGAUUUCUUGGUAGACUGGAGCUGGAGCAUUGAGAGCAGGACCCCUAUUCCACGUGCUCCAAAUAAAUCAAGUUGGACCCAAGAUGACAGCGUUCUAGACUGGUGCGAUUCUGAAUUUGAAGCCCAGGACUGUCAAGUUCUUUGCACUGACUUCUCUUCGGCUGGUGUUCUUGAUUGCAUUUAGCCUGAUGAUAAUAGUUUGUUUAGAUCAAUGGAAGAACAGAAUUUGGCCUGAAAUUCAAGUGGCAAGAACUGAUGAAUCAGACACUGAGAGCUGGGGUUAUGUUCACCCUCAGUUACUCAGCGUACCAGAGCUGUGCCGUCACUUAGCUGAAGGAUGGGUCACUGGGGCCAACUUCUUAAGGAAUCUCUUGGUUUUCAAAAGUCAAAAUCCUGGCAAGUUUUGCCUUUUAGCCUGUGGUGUCUUUACUUUCUUGACUGUUCUGGGCCGUUACAUCCCUGGACUCUUGCUCUCCUACCUUAUGUUGCUCUUCAUUCUGCUGUGGCCCCUUGCAGUGUACCACAAACUGGGGCAGCGUGUGUACAUGAAGCUGGAGCCAGCUCUGCAGCGGCUGGACUUCAGUGUUCAAGGUUACAUGAUGUCAAAACAGCGAGAGAGGCAAUUGCGUCAACAAGCGUCAAAUCAGCACCCUCCUGACGAUGGGAGUGACAGUGAAGAGGAGCUUGCUGCGUUCUGUCCUAAGCUGGAUGAUUCUGUAGUUGCCAAGGAACUGACCAUCUCUGAUUCUGAGCAUUCAGACGCUGAAGUUUCCUACACUGAGAAUGGGACAUUUAACUUGUCAAGAGGCCAAACUCCACUGACCGAGGGAUCUGAAGACCUGGAUGGUCAUAGUGACCCAGAAGAGUCUUUUGCCAGGGAUCUCCCUGACUUCCCUUCCAUAAAUCCAGAGGUGACUGGAAUAGAUGAUGAGGAUGACACCAGCAUUGGGAUUCCAAGCCUUGCUUACCGCUCCCAAGGCACAGAAGAUCUGCGCCCCCCUUAUGACCAAGAAGUUGUUGGUCUACUACCAUCUGCACACCAUCUUACAAAUAACUUAGCUGGAUUUGUCACCAGGGGAAUGAUACAAUUAGCCUUGUCAGGAGCCUCCCAGCCAGGCCCUGCAUGCAGUGACAAUCCCCAGAGAGGCACAAAGACCUAUCUCAGAACCUCCAGCUCUGACUUGGACACUGAUGCAGAAGGGGAUGACUUUGAACUCUUGGAUCAGUCGGAGCUGAACCAGUUGGAUCCUGCAGGCUCACGAGGCCAUUAAGCAAUCUCCUCUCUCUCCUUCCUCAUUUUUCUAUCAUGCAUAGUGAAGGGGAAUCUUCAAAGGAAAAGCAUUGUCCAGUCACCUGAACUGUUUCCUGUGUUGGGUACCAGUGUUCUGGCAACCAAUCUUAGCUGGGUACAUCACUGUGACUUGACAUUGUAGAGGGCUAGCUUGGAUUUUAAAAUGAACCACUCUGAUAACUGGCAGGGAAAAGGCUUUUGAUGGGAUAGCCUCAUGAUCACACACAUCAUUCUGCAUUGUCUACUGUGAUUCUUCUUGCCCCAAACCUGCUCACUUAAUACUUGCAUUGUGGGUCUGCAACUCCAGUGCUCCCUCAGUCAAACAGACUUAAGUGUCAAUUAAGAGUUUCUUGCAGCUCAGCCUCUUUCAUGUAGACCUACAACAAAAGGUGAACAGAACUGGCUUCCUCUUUAAAUACUGUAACCUAGAUAUUUUAAGGUUGGUUGUUUUUGGUUUUGUUUUGUUUUUAGUUCUUUCUACUCCUGUGCACAGAGGCUGACAUUUCUUCCCUCAGUAUCCAGCUCUUGGGUAGAAGCUAACCUCCCAAUCAUUUACUUAUUGCAGACUUCAUAACUAAAAUAGUGUCCCACAACUUUUAAUGUUGCACUUUUACUAACAACUUGUAUUUCCUCAAAAAUGAUGCUUUCUAGUUAUGCUGUUUUGUAAGACAAUGGCAAUAAGACAUCUACUGUGAUGGCUAGACUCCUUCCAAGAUCAUCUAUGUGCAGCAGCUGCUAUUGCAUUUGCCUUUUUGAAACGAAUGGAGUUAGUUCUAGAUCUAAAAUCUACUAACUAAACUUCCCAGUUUUACUGCAGAAUAGGUGCAGCCUGGGCAGUAGCAAUACUACAUUUCUGUGACACUGCCUUGUCAUGUGACUACUUAGCUACUUUGGGGGGACUUUCUGUAGGAAUGUGGGAGAGGAUUUGGGCUGCUCAGCCCAUUCUCUCCUUGGCCUCUGACAGUCCACUGUGAUGUAGAAAUGAUGUGUCCAGUAGGAAUAGAACAGAGGCCACGUGGCACUGAAAUGACCAAACAGCUGCCAGAUAAUGAGUUUGGUCAUUUACAGAUUCAAACCAGCAACCUGGAGGGAAGAAGCUCUGUAAACUGACUGGCCUGAGCCAUUCAACCUUUCCCCUGUCGCUAAACUUUCCCAUUGUAUUUCUAAGCCAUAGUGGAUUACAGUUGUGCAGCCAGCAAUUUACCUCAUCAGGGAAACCACUUCUUGUUGAAGCUUAUUUUCAUUUGCUCAUGUUAGUUCAGGUAAGCUGCUUCUCUGGCCAUCUUGUCUGUAUAAAAUGCAAGAUGGAAAGAGGCUAAUAUUGUAUUUGAAUUGGGAAGUCACUUGGCUGUCAGAUGACGAGUAAAAUGUGAAAUUUAUGUGGAGGCUUCACACACAGUGUCAGCAGCCUGCUUAUAUAAAAUAAAUCUUAAUUAUAGUUCAGCAAGGGUAUUCCAUUUGAAACACAGCUCACCUUCCUCCUACCCCUGCCAAAACCUUAGAUAUGGUAACUUGGACAUAGUUAAUAUGACCAGUUAUGACUAUAUGAAAGCAAAUAAUUUUGCUUUCCAAGAUCAUUAAACAAAGAGUUGUUAAAGCAUUAAAAGUUUGACCUGCCUCAAUGCUAGUAUUCAGGGUGGUUGGAAUUAUUUGAUACCAUGGAUUUCUGAUUGACAGUGCUGUGCAUAGGCUGCCAUCUUGGGAAUCUCCUGCCACUGCAAUAUAGCUUUCAUGUCAGUAAACUGCCUGUCAGAGGGGGCUGCAACACCUGUAGAAGACUAGAAUGUCCCUAAUUACUUGGGAGCAAUAACUGAAUGAGCCAUUAGCACUUUAAAUAGCUUGAAGCCAUUAACCCUGGUUAGGUUUAAGACAGUGGUACUCAAACUCUGGCCCAGGGAGCCAUGUCAUCCCAUGGGUCCAGAAAUCUGGCGAUGAGGGAGUGGUAACAGCAUUAGUUGCUCCCAGAAUCAUGGCAAUUAAAGCUGCCACUGCUACCCUGCUCCAAAAUUUCUGAACCUGUGGGGAAUCCUGUGAUCUGGAUAACAUGGUUGCAUGUGCUGAACCACGCUGGUAUGCCAUCUCCACAACUGAAUCUAGUGUAUGGAAUCAGGCCAAAGCCAGAUUCAGUGCAUAAGGUUGCACCAUGUGGGGUUAUGCUGGAUUGUACUAGUGAAUCAACCCUGGGUGAGAUCAGGCCCAUGGACAGUCCCUGUGCAUAGGAUCUGGCCCUGCACUACUUGUUCAGCUUGUGGGGCUGGAGAGGUUGAGCACACCACUGGUUUAAGAAGUUAAAAUUGAUAUGCUGGACUCAUCCUGUUCCUUUCUGAGGUUCUGAUUGUGUCCUCUGAGAAUUAAAAUUUACUUGGUAAGGUAGAAAAUUACUUUUAGAAAGUAAGAGCAACCUUAGGAACAACAUGGUACAAAAAGCUGGCACAUUCCUGGUUCUUAAAAGAUUUUGUGGUCUAAAUUUGUCUGAGCUCAGAGCUUAAAAGCACAACAGACUCCUGUUCUCCAAAAGCAGUAGUGCAUCCUAGUUUGUUUCUCAUUCUUGCCUCUUCACAAGAGGAGCUGCCUCUUAAAGUGACAAUGGCAUGCUUUGGGAAGAGGCCUUGAACUCUCGUGCUGAUCAUGUUAUCAGUCUCCCUUCUGGUAUGGAGCGGGGAGAUUUUGAAACCCAGUAACAGCAGGAGCCAAGGCAUGCUAACUUUAGUAAAGUCCUGCCACAUGAUGUGAAUGCAGUUUGUUACAAACAAUUAACUUGUGAUCACUCAGCAAAUGCACUGAGUUGUAAGACUUGUUAUCAUGCAGGGUGUAUGAAGAAAACGGAGUCCAAGCACUGUAACUGUUGGAUGAGCAAUGUACAGCUUUAGAUGAUAUUUAAACCUGGAAAAAAUGUCUGUCUUAUGGCUCUCCUUUUCCUCAUGUGGCUUCCUCUUCUGUGAAGAACAAACAUCAGCAAAGGACCUUCUAACAAAACACCUCAAAUGGUAGGUAGCUGUGGGAAAGUGACAAGUAGCACUAACAUCACUCCAACAGUGGGUCAAAUUGUAUUCCUUGCAUGAAAUCAGCCAUCCACAAUGAGGUGCCAGUGUGAUGUUACAGAACUGCUUGGAGGUUCUGAUGAGCCUAAAUACUUGUAGAUCUCCAGCUCAUUGGAAGUGCUUAAGGCUAAUUUACUAGGCAACUAGAUAAAUCCAUUUUAGCCAACAAACUUACAUUUGUUUCACUCCGAAGGUGGUGUCUUGAAACUUCUUGGUAUAAUAACUUUGCUUCUUCAUACUCCAUUAUGUGUACAGAGGUUGUUUACUUCUGGUAAAAUUCAAGGGACUUGCAAAGAAGGGAGAGUAAAUGAUCCCUUGAUAAUGAGGCACAGGGGAAGUUCCAUAGACCACUCUCAGUGCUCUUGAUACUGCAGGAUUUAAAAUGAAGCAUCACAGAAAUUAGGCAUCUAGAAAUUUUGGGCUCUAUACUUCCUUACAGGUGUAAUGGUCUAUUGUGUAGUCACUGAGGGCUUUUCCAUUUGGAGGAGAGUGCUGUGCUCUUAAGUUUCUGCAGCCUUAUGACUUGUAGUGGUAGUCUCUCCUAUCUUGCGUCUCCGAGGGUCAGAGGAGGGAACCAAUCUCUUUGGCAGAACUGAGGUCAGUUUUCCUACUGAGGCAUUUUGCCUCACCAAAUGACCUUGUAGCAAAAUCUCUCUCUCUCUCUCUCUCUCUUCCCCCCCCCCCCCCAAAAAAAAAAAAAUAGUAGUUAUGGGUAGGAGACAAACAGUUCAAGGUCAAACUUGUACAAGAAAUAAAUAUCAAUUUUCACCUGCUGCACAUGUGAAAGUAGAGCUGUUAUGUAUAGUGCUGUGAAAUACUCUUGGCCUCUUCAAUCUGUACUAAAUUGAUCUCUCUCUUUAAAGAGAGAACUAUCCAAAGACCUCUGGAGCAGAAAAUGUUUGCAAAUUGUAUUUGGGUGUAACUUUUUAACAUUCUUUUGGUGCUGGCUCUUCUAAAUACUGGUAGCAUUGCCUCCUAUGUGUGGACACUCAUUAAUCUACUCUUUGAAAGGCUGCUUUUCUUUUCUUGUUUUAAACACAUUGUGGUCCCAACCAAAAGUAUACAUGCAUGCCUUCAUCUCAUGCUGAAUCAGGUUUGCCACCCUCAAUGGGAACAUAUGCAGAACAUAAGUCCAUUUCAUUUCCUGAACAGUAUGAGACUUGGAUGAAUCCUGCGAGUUUUACAUUUUAAUGGAGCUCUCAGGCAGUUUCCAAGGUUUGUGGUACCUUGUGAUAAUGUGUACUUUUUGCUGAAUUUAAACCUUUUUUUCUUUGUAGAUCUGCAUAUCUGGUGUGAACAUCUAGUUUCAUCUGAAGCUGCAUCAUCUCUAGAAUUCAUUCAUUUAGAAAUUCAUAGGCGUUAAAACUUAGCAUUUUAAGACGUGCAACACACUGCCUUUUUGCCAAACAAUGUGAAGUCAGAAAUGUGAUAAAUGACUCUGUUUUUUUCCUAGUGAAGCUACACUUAAAAAAAAAUAAGAUGUUUUUGCCUAAUGAGAGUGCAGUGCUUUGUAAAUUUUAAAUUGUUUGGUUUGGUAUCACUGGUAUGGCAAUAUCAUUGUUAUCUACUUGAUUUUAGUGUUUACCAUAGCUAACAUUGUAAAAGGCUAGCGUACAGUAAUUUUGUGUCACCUUACAGAGAUGUUUUUGGAAGUAAUUUAAGUAAAAUGUUGAUUAGAA